CAUGGAAAAUAUAUGCAAAGAAAGUGUUAACCAUGGGAGGUAUGUAUGGAUUUUGGAGGGAGUUGAAUCUUGAUCAGAAGGCAGCCAAAGAUCGUUACAAUCAAAUGAUUUACAAUCUUCAAUUCAGAGAAUUGGCAAAGAAGGUACCGAUCACAACAAAUGAAUCCCAACAACAGGUAUCAGAGAUGAUGACGGAAUCUCAACUCCUGAAACCAACUGAACCACAACAAGAAACACCAUUGGUGACACCUAAACCAGCAUCAGUUUACACAGAAGAACCUAAAGGUCCAGCAGAAGGAAUUAAACAAAUAGCAAAAGAGACAACUGAAUCUCCAAACCAACAAUCAACAAGUGAGAAUUUAGAGCAGCUGGAACCUGCGUUUCCACUACGAGGCUUAUGCUUGCUUUUCAGUUCUUGGUGCUUCGUCAUCUUUAUUCUCUACAUUCUGUACAUAUUAACAAAGCUAUUUUGGUCAUCCAUGGUUUGAUUUCUUUUCUAUCUUGUACCUAUUUCUGUAUUGUGGUAAUAAAUUUCUUCAUGCAUCCUUCUUGUA